AUGGCGUGGGAAGCCAGCCAGGGCCGCCUGAACAGCUACGUCGUGCUGGACCGGGGAGACGCCGACGGCCAGUGGGAGGGCGGAAUCGUCGCCCAGUGCGACUUUCUGGGGGACAGCGACAUCAAGAGGGUCCGACGGUGGCCACCAGAACGACGAUCCAACGGCCUUCCUCACGAAGGACGAGGCAGCGGCGCCGCCGCCGCCAGAGGAGGCGCCCGCCGCGGAGGGCGGCGAGCCCGAGCCCGCGGCACCCGCCUGAGCUCGAGGCCUGAGCUCGAGCGCGUGCCGCGCCGGCGCGGGGGCGCUUCGCCCCCUGGCAGACGCCCCGUGGGCUGCUACGGGUGCCCGCCAGGUGCGUCCGCCCUUCCUCGCGGCCACGUUAUAUAG